UGGUAUGCAGAUAAAAGCCCUCACAUCAUGAUUUCAUGCGUGCAUAAUAGUAUGGGAGACAACGGGACAAUGCAACAAGGGGAAGUCCUAGCCAUAGUUGGCGCAAUGGUCUCAUCGAUAUUCAGUCGCAGGUUUAAAGCAAGUUACAAUAUACCGGUUCUUAUAUUCUCGUUUAUGGGUGGGAGAAAGGCCAGAAUCUUACAAGCCCAUCUCAACAAAGAAGAGAUCCUCGUUCGAAAGAGAAAAUUAUAUGACUUUUCGACAGAGGAUGCAGCAUAUAACUCGAGAGAUAUCUUCCUGCGGUACAUGUAUUGUAACAGAGUUGGAAAUACA